AACAGUAUAGUAAUCAUUGAGUCUUCAACGAUCUACCACGUCUUCAAUAUGAAAUUCGCCAUCGUCCUGUUCGCCCUCUUUGCCGUGGCCCUGGCUGCCCCUACUGUCGAGGUCCUGCGAUCGGAUAGCAAUGUUGGAAUCGAUAACUACUCAUAUGCAGUUGAAACCAGCGACGGUACCUCGAAGAGCGAGGAGGGUGUGCUGAAGAACGCCGGCACCGAGCUAGAGGCCAUCUCAACCCACGGCUCCUUCAGCUACGUGGGCCCUGAUGGCCAGACCUACACCGUCACCUACGUGGCCGAUGAGAACGGAUUCCAGCCCCAGGGUGCUCAUCUGCCCGUUGCCCCCGUUGCCUAAGUUAAGGAGUUGAAAUAAAUUGUUUAUAAAAG